CAUACAAGCAAAAUCAUGACGUACACAAAGAGCGAAUAAAUGACGUGACUGGGACUGCACUCAUAACAUAGAGCUUAGAUUUGAAAAUGAAGUGCUGUGCUGUGAAAGAUUGUUUAAAUAAACAAAAAGCGAAUAGCGAAUGUAGUUUUUUUCGUUUUCCUAAAAAUGAGAAUCUUUCGAUGAAAUGGCUACAGUUUUGUAAAAAUGAAAAAACUUUUAGAGACAAAACAUGGACUAUCUGCAGUGAUCAUUUCAAAGAUGAAGAUUUUGAAAUCAAUUUAAAGUAUAAAUUAGGUUUUAGUACGAAAAGGUUGUUGAAGGACGGAGUCAUUCCGUCUAUUAUUAAAAGUGUUGCUCCAACGGCUUGCAAACGGAUAGAGAAGCUGCAAAAAAGAAGUGAUAAGAAAUUGGUUGCAUCCCUCAUCUCAAAUGCAGAUAAUCCUGAAAGUCAAAAUGUAAAUAAUUUAAAAAUAAAAGAUAAUAAAAAUGAAGAAGCACUUGAAAGUAACUUGGAGCAUAUUCAACCUGUAGCAUUAGCCAAUGAGAACAUUAAUUCAGAUCAGAGUACUCAUGUUUUCCAGACACAAAUGGAUAUUCUUCAAAAAGAAGUGAAACAAUUAAAAAAAGUAAACCACUAUUUAUAUAAGUGCCUACGUCAACAGCAAAGUGAACUGAAAGUUUUUAAGCGGGGAAUGUUAAAAUUGAAGCAGAAGAUAAAAGUUAUGGAAAACAAAAAAUAAUGGAAACCGACUUAAAAUAUAGUCAACCUGUGAUAUCAGCUAUAGAAAACAAACAGAUAAACUUCAAAAGGAAGUUUAAGCGCAAGAUAUACCUUGAUAUAAGUAUAUAGAUAUAUAUAUA